CCCCAAACAAGCGGUGAUUCUUGCGGCCACGAGAAGUUUUCUCUAACUAAUGUGGCGAAUUAUUUGCCAACCAAUUUCGAGGUUAAAUACUCUAACCCAUCCCCUUUACUUGAUUCCUUUUCCUGCCCUCCACCGCCCUCUAGAGCGGAUGAUCCAUUAGACACUCAUUCUAUAGCUACAUCCGUCUGUCAGCAUUCAUCAAAGCAAUUCGACCUUGAUGACACUUCCUAUUCCAUUCAUACUAGUAAUCUCGACCAUUCUGAAUCAGGUUCUAUCAAAAGUAGCAAACAGGGACUGAACUCUUGCUCAAACAGUCAACCACCUCUUCCCAUUUCUUUAAUUUCUACCAAAAAUGAUCUUCCCCACUCCAAUGAGCCCCAACUUCUUCCAACAAGACAUCCAGUUCCCAUGAAACAAGUGCUCCGUCGCUUUCUUUCUGAGGCUAAUAUGGGUCCUGUUUUCGUAAAACGUAAUAAACCCCUAAAGCCACCUAAAUUGCAUGUGAAUAAAAUUAUACCUCAGGGUCGAUCUUAUAUUCAUUCAGGACUUAUCAAUAGACCAGUAAAUAAUUCUACUGAUAAACAGUCGCCUCGCCUUAUUAUGCCCGAUGCAUCUGCUGGUCUAGACCAAAAUAGCUGUCUCAGAAGCCGGUCUCCUGAGCCGUCUCAUUUAUCAUACCACACCUCUUCUCCCUCAUUGUCUUCCUCCCUCAAACUAAACUGUCCCUCGACACCCUUUUAUGUUUCCACCUUCACGCGCCAAAAUUCCACGGGUGCUAUUCCGCCUUCCUUUUUCGUGUCUAGUGAUCACUCGAAUCAUUGCCUUAAAUCACAAACGUCUGCUCUUGUCAAUCAGGCUCCUGUUCGCCUUUCCUCUCCGGCUAGAUUUGUACGCCCGGAUCCUCCUUUGAAGCAUCGCAAGUUAUGGCCCAAAUGGCUGAAAAAGGAGAAGCGAAAAUCAAAGACACUGGGCUAA